AUGUCGGCACCGCUGACCAAGGUUGACUCGGCCGUGCAGGGCCUCGAGGAGCCGGCCAAGGAGUCGCGUGUGAAGAAGGCCGAUACCAGCGGCGUGUACAACAUCAAUGACCUGGAGGCGCAAGGAAUUGAGCUUCAGAUUGCUAAGGAGACCCAAAAAACGGGCUGGAAAAUCAAUACCUCGCCAACAACAGUAGAGGACAAGGAGGUCCUCAAGAAGUUUCUUACAACGCCGCCAGUCAAGAAGAUCGACCUCCAUUUCCCUCUUGGCCUGGAAGUUACAGCACGCAACCUCAAGGGCGUCACCAUCAAGGAUGCCUUAGAUGCCAUCUACAAGGCGUACAAGAAGCGGGCGGAUGACGAACUCGACACGCCUUAUCUGGCGGGCUUCGAGUGGGACAAGGAGGAGUCGUGGACCAAGCUGAUCGUCCACCUGUCGAAGGACGCUGGCGUCUCGGUGGGCAAGAAGAAGAAGAAGAGCGAAGAGUAACUUGCGGUGCCCCUCGGCUCAGUACAAGACAUCUCCGACCGGGAUGGCCAGCUGCGGGGUGGGGCUGGCUAUGCACGGGGCAAGCAGGUGGCGCGCGUAGGCGCGGCUACCUUCGGUCUGUCCCGGGCGCAGGCCGCACCACAACGGCGCGGAAUUGCGCUGUAUGUCCUACUUACGGUGGUCGCGUCGGCUCGGAUCGCCUCGGAUCGCCUUGAUAGUUCGGGGGGUUGA